AUGGGUUCCUCCGAUAAUUCGUCGACGACGAAUGCGCCAACGACCCCUUCCCUCCCGGCGGACUUCUCGACAACGCCGCACGUUGUCGACUUGAGCGCGGUGCCGAUUUUCAACGGGGAGCAUUUCUCCUCGUGGCGUUUCAAGCUCAAGGUGUACAUGAUGGAGCGCGACUUGUGGGGCUUCUUCGAUGGGUCGGCAUCGAAGCCCACGUCGGACGCUUCAACCGCGGAGAAGGAAGCGUGGGUGCAUAAGGACAAAAAGGCGUUUGCCUUUCUUGUCUCCAAGCUAAGCCUCCAACUCGUCCCGAUCGUGAGUCCGUGCAUCGACCGUGACGGCGCGACUCGUGAAGCGUGGAAGCGACUCGAAGGAGAGCACGUCUCCAAGUCGCUUCAUAGCAAGCUUCAAGCGCGCCUCGACUUCUUCACGGUGCGGAUGAGGGACGGCGAGUCAAUGCGCGCGUACGUCAACCGCGUGGAGGAGCUUGGCGAGCGCUUGGUGGAACUCGACGCGAGCGUGGAGGACAACGAUUGGAUCAUGACGCUCCUCGCGGGCCUCGGUGAAGCGUGGUCAACCGUGAUCACGAUGUUGGAUGGGACGCAAGACACGUGGAAGAAGGAGCAAGUGGUGGCACGCCUCAUCAACGAAGAGGCGAGGCGCACGAAAUUGCAUGGCGAUGCAAUUGGCGCGGCACACUUCUCUCGCGAUGCGAAGGCGAAAGGGACGAGUCACUUCAAGCGGCGCAACGACGGCAACAACCGCGGGAGCUCGAGCGGGAGCGCGGCGGCCUCAAGCUCAUCACGAGGAGGACCGGCCAACGCCAAUCGAGCUCGAACGCGUGACGGAGCUUGUCGUUUUUGCAAGAAGACCGGACAUUGGUGGCGCGAAUGUCCCGUCAAGCCGGCAAAUUGGAAGCCGUCAAGCGACGACAACCGGCGUGCGCAUGUGGCGACAUGCGACAACAACGACCGGGAGUUCGUAUUCGUCGCAAGUGGAACGAGCGUCGGUGGUGUUGACGCGUGGAUACUCGAUACGGGUGCUACUCAACACAUGACGGCGUGUGCGACGCUUCUCAACAACGUGACAACGGAGGCUCCCGUUAAGCGCGUGAUGUUCGGCAACCGUGACACGUUGGACGUCACGGGACAAGGCGACUUGCGGCUCAUGGUGGACGGCGGUCCACUCACCAUCAAGAACGUCUUGGUGGUUCCCGGGCUCGGUGCCAACCUCCUCUCCGUUUCUCAACUCACACGCAUGGGGAUGCGUGUGAACAUCGAAGGGACCAUGAUGGCGUUGAGCGCGGCGGAUGGCGUACACAUCGGCACGGCACGCCAAACGGGAGGACUCUUCAUGCUCGAUGCCCUCCCAAGUGUGGCGACGGCUCAAGCGGCUACCUCGACAACCACUCUCAAAACGUGGCAUAAUCGAUUUGGCCACCUCCACUACGACGCUAUUCAAGCUAUGGCAACGAAGGGGAUUGUCAACGGCUUGGAGUUUGUGCGCUCGAGUGGAGAUGAUGAGAAGUGUGUCGAGGCGGUUACGUUGGCAACUUGGAUUCGCAACCGGUGCGUGACCAAGGCGUUGCCCAACAAGACGCCUCUUGAGGCUUGGAGCGGUACGAAGCCGGACGUCACCGACCUUCGCACGUUUGGGUGUACGUGCUACUACCAUGUCCCGGAUGCUACACGGACCAAGCUUGAGGCGAAGGCGCGGGUGGCGAUGUACUUGGGUCCAAGCGCGGAUCACAAGGGGUGGCGCGUGUGGGACUUGGAGCACGGGAAACUCGUGGUGUCGCGCGACGUGGUGUUCUACGAAGACACCUUCCCCUCCAAGUCUACGAACGUGCCCUCGGUCAUCAUCGUCCCUCCACCCUUGGAUGCCGCGGAUGAGGCGGAUGAUGUUUCUACGGCUCCUCCUCCUCGUGCGAGUGAGGGGGAGAAUGGAUCGGGUGCGGUUGGAGUGAGUGAGGAUGAAGGAAAUGCCAAGGAACGUGACCCUUCGUCUCCUCCUCCUCGUAUCACUCCCACCCUCGCAUCCACUCGCACUCGAAGGAACCCUCAUCCCAACUCCAAGUUCGAUGACUACUCUCUCGUGGCGGGGGACGAUGAGGGAGGGGGAGACGCUAUGUGUCUUGAGGCGUACACCGACACCCCGUCCACCUACCACGGCGCCAUGAGCUCGGCGGAAGCGGCGGAAUGGGAGCGCGCGCUCCAAGAGGAGGUAGGCUUGCAUGCUUAG